AUGAACGGAUUGGUCACCCCAUCAACCAACGCCAGCGCACACGACCAUGAGUCGGUCGACCGACUUCGGGCGUCAUUAAACGGCGCUCUCCGCGGGAAGCCGGACGUCGCAGAGAUGGUCCUGGCGUGCCUUCUGGCUCGCGGGCAUCUUCUGCUGGAGGACUUGCCAGGGCUGGGCAAGACGACCCUUGCCAAAGCGCUCGCGCUUGCAGUGGGCGGAACAUUCGCACGGGUGCAAUGUACUCCCGACUUAAUGCCUAGCGACAUUACCGGAUUUAGCAUGUUCAAUCAGAAAACACGCGAAUUCGAAUUCAAUGAAGGGCCGGUCUUUUCAGACGUUUUACUUGCUGACGAGAUCAAUCGAACGACUCCCCGAACUCAGAGCGCCCUCUUCGAGGCCAUGGCCGAACGGCAAGUGACUAUUGACCGAGUCCAUCGCCCGCUACCGAGCACUUUCUUUGUCAUUGCAACUCAGAACCCCAUUGAAAGUCAUGGCGCCUACCCUCUCCCGGAGGCCCAGCUCGAUCGCUUCGCCGCGAAACUAUCGAUCGGGUACCCCGAUCGAGAAAGCGAGCUUGAACUACUGGAAGCGGAUUCCAAAGGACAGCUUGGCACUGAUGAGGUGAAACCGGUUCUCGAUCCUGCUUCGCUUUGCAGACUGCAGCAGCGAGUUAUGCAGACAGUCGUGGGUGAGAAGGUGCGGCGAUACCUCGUCGACCUGGCCCAGGCGACGCGCACCGACAGCGAGAUUGACGUGGGCCUUAGCCCACGCGGAUUGAUCACCUGGCAGCGCGUUGCUCAGUCCAGGGCAUUUCUGCGGGGUCGCGAUUUCGUUAGCCCUGAAGAUGUGCAAGACGUCGCGACUCCGGUCCUCGGUGUUCGACUCUUGGGCAAUUUCUCAUCGUCUGAUGAGAUCGUUUCGAGACUGCUCGAGGAAAUGCCCGCUGCGGUAGAUAGCAUCCAAACAAUCAAUGUUGAGAUUCGAGACGCAAUCCAGUCGGGGAACAUUGAUGAAGCCCACGAGUUGCUACACGAAAUGGAACAUCUGGUCGAUGAGCUUCCCGACGUCGCGGCCGAUACUGAUCUCACUGAGCAAGACUGGAAAGAGAUUCAGAAAGCGUCCGAGCAACUGUCGGAGGCUUUCGGCAAGCUGGACGAAAGCUUCCACGUAGAAGACAGUGAUCCCCAGGCCGUCUACGACGGGGUCGCCGAAUCAAUCGACUCCGCGGUUGAACAAAUCUCGCAGCGGAUUCCUGCAGACGCCGACGUUCCAGCAACUGGCAAUAGUUCGUCCGAACACGACCAUGGCCAGGACGAACCUAAUGAGGCUUCUCCAGAAGAGCAUUCGGACGGGAGCGACACCUAA